UCAAAUGAUAAAAAUAUCGACUCCAAUAGAAAGAAAAAUGGUAUACAUAACCUCAAAAAUCGUAGGUCUUCUGAAAGAUGUGACUAUUGUUUGUUUUACAAUAUUAGUGAUAUGAAAAUUAAUCAAUAUCUUAAUAAUUAUUGUAUACAUGAGCUAUUGGUUUUAAAAGCAUAAUGUAUAUAAUUGGAUCAAUAAACUGUUAUAGUUGCAACAUGCUCAGUUUUACAUAUUUUACUUUGAGAAAGUCAAGCUUCAGGUCAAUAAGUAAUUUUAGAAGUAACAGAAACAUUUCUAGUGUCUUAAACUUGAAACAUCUUGAUAUAAACAAGAACCAUUCUAUUUAUCAACCUGAGACAAACAUAUUUGCUCCUAGAAGUACAUUGCUCACCCUUCACAAUAACAAAUACUGCACUGAAAAGAGAGAGGCUUUACCAAAACUCAUGGAUUUUCCCGAGAUAGCUUGGCCUAGUUUGAUUAAAACUAUAAGAAACUAUUUUUUGUCCAACUUUAUCAUAAGACGUUACUUUGACAGCGAAUUCAACCUUCCAGAUUUCAUUGCUGGUUCCAAACAGGCGGUAGUAGUGGUGUCAAAAUCUCUAGCACAGGGUGACUUGAACAGUGUCGAAAACCUAGUCAGUCCAGAGGCCUUAUCAGAAGUGAAACAAAAUAUCAACUCUUUCAGCAUGAAACAGCGGCAGCUAUUAGCUGUUAAUGAAGACGAUAUCUAUUUCCAUUUCCCUUACGAAGUUGGAGUCAUUUUUCCUGAGGAAAGUGAGUUGAAAUUUCAGUUGUUCUCAUACAAUCACUAA